CCUGAACACGUAGGAGCUCCUCACGUUGCUCCAACACGGCGCACGGCGCUGGGGCGCAGCAAGUAACGGACUAGUGACCAACGGACCGAUGAGGCACUGACCCGUCCCGGCUCGAACUUCAGGCUCAACGCCCAACCAUCGGAUGUUUUCCCCCCUCGUUUUUUUUUAAAACGAGAGAAACGACACGAAGACCAUCUUUUCUCUCCAGAUCGUCUGUUCGGGCGCAACAGAACCCACUUGUUUUCCACAGAGGAGGAACGUGAGAAUCUGAUAUAAAGGGAUCAAUAGUUGUUUCAUCGGGAAAUCUUUAUUAUGGACAAAGGAGCCUCGCGUAAAAGCCGGUUUCACACGUUAUUCCAAAGCGGGAGGGGGAAAAAAAAAUAACAGUCUGGAUUCACUUUUCCACAACGGAAAUGAGCUCAGUCAUAUUGCCUGGCUCCACUUCUUCUGAAACAUGGUCGAUGUGACUCCAUGUAGUACCGGGGUCGGACCCUCUUUGACUCCUGGCUACAAACAGCAUUUUAUUAAUGGGAAGAUGUUUGCUGGACUGAUGGGCCUGGAAUGUCACAGCAACUCGCUGCCUCACCACCGCGAACUCGUGGAAGGUGGCAGAGCAUCAGGGUCAGCUGGCAGCUCCGGCCGUAAGAGGCUCCACCGAAGACCGGGGUACAUGAGAGGAGAGCAGUCCAGCACUUAUUUACGGGAGGAGGAGGAGGAAGGGAGGACUGCUUGUGCGAGGAACGGAAAGUCUGGACGUCACACUGACAUCACUGAGGCAGCCAGUGCUCAGAGGAUGAGUCCAACACCUGCUGUCAAAGUGUCCUUAAUAAAUCAGCAACAGCCUGCUACACUCACAUGUAGCUCCUGGAAGAGUAAGAGCGUUAUCUGCUCUGUUGACCAUCCUCUUCCCCAUGUGGACUGCAGUGUCGUUAGCUGUACAUCCAGCCAUCAGGAUCCAUCCUCACUGCCACAGAGGGAACUCAGGCUAAGCCCAAGCCCAGCACUACAGUCUUCACCACAGGACUCCUUUAACUCCAGUUUCAGUUUCAUCCAACAGUCGCUCAACUCCAGUCAGAGGACAGACACAACCACUGCUACGCCAGCCCGGGAGCCAGUACCACUAAAUGAGUCAACUAAAUCCCCUAGUUCACCUCAAACAAAACCAGCAACCUUACUGACUGAUGUCUCAAGGCAUUCAACUCCUGUCCAAUCAGUGCUCUCCUCCACUCCAGGCAGCCAGGCAGAGGGAGAAGAGCUGUCAUUGGGCGGGAGGUUUUGGCGGGAAUGUCUGUGGGGUGGCAGGGAGGUUAUGUCCGACCUGCCUGACUGUGACUCCCGAUCUCUGGACAUAGAGAUCACCUCCUCACUGUCUGUGGACUCAGACACAGCCUCUGCCUCCUCCGUCACCUCGGGCUACGAGAGUGCCACGCCUGCCCCCGAUCAAGGCUGGGACAACCUGGUGAAGAAGUACGAGGCCGUGCUGCAAGACUGCCUCCAAAACAACCGCACUCACACCAAGAUUGAGUCCAUGAUGUUGAAGCUGCAGAGACUCCAGCAGAAGGCCAUUUUGGAUGAUGACUACGAUGCAGCUGAGCGUUUUGGGAAAAAGCUGGAGGAGUUGUGCAGGGAGCGAGGAGCUCUGCAGCUGGGUUUACCCUCCAGACAGCCCAGCGUGGCUCUCUUCCUUGAGCGGCUGAGACAGGUGGUGCACAGCGCCCUCCAGAGGGCAGAUUGCAGUGAACGCAGGGAGGGUGCAGCGCCUGAUGCAGGGGAGCAGUCCAACUUGUUGCAGGGGCCACUGCAUCGGAGAGACCAUCUGAUCCAAGAAAAACGGAUGGUAGAGGACGAGAUAGCUGAGCUGCAGCAGAGGCUGGCGGAGCUGAAGGAUCGCAGUCGAUGCCUGGAGCAGCAGAUCCAGCAGGAGGAGCAGCAGGUGGAGGCCGAGGAGCUGGAGGGCUCCGUGCUGAGGAACUGCACCGUGGCCCAGCUGCGCGACAUGAGCCGAACCCUGCAGGACCUUGUCACCUCCGAAAACCGCAUGCAGAUCUCAGUCUCUCCGCCGCCUUCCAUGCUCAGUCUCCAGGAGCAGGAGCAGGCAUUGAAUCUGUCCAUCAAAGAAGCCACCGCUAAAGUGGUCAUGAGUCAGAGGCUGGGCAGCAGCCUGAGGAGGAAAGUAAGUGAGACUGAAACCCAGCUUUUGGCACUGCAUGAAGCCAAACUGGCAGCCAUCUCAGGUAAUGACUUCAGCAGUGCCAAGGAGCUGAAGGCUGAGAUGAAGGCGGUGUACCUGGAGCGGGACCGGCUGGAGGCUCUGGCCAAGAGGCUUCACAGCCUCAGCUCGGGGAGCAGCCAGGAGCUGGCCAGGAUGAAGGAGCAGCGGCAGCACCUCAGGCAGGAACUGGAGCAGAAGGAGGCCAUGCAUGAAAGCCGACUGAAGGAGAACACUACCAAGUAUAUUGAGUUAUUGGAGGACAGACUGCACAGUUGUGGCUGUCCGGGUUUGGAGCGGAUCUGGGAAGCUGACCUGGAAGCGUGUCACCUUUUUUUGCGAGGCCUCCAGUUGCGGACUCCCAGCUGCAGUGGAGCAGACAUCGAAGACCUCCCCACUUCAGCAGUUUAUCCUACAGCCCAGCCAUGCACCAAAGAAGAAGAAGACUGUGCUAUGCUGACUGCUUUAGGAGGGCGCUGGUGUCCCGAUGCCAACUUACAGAACUCGGAGUUCACUAAGAAAUUGGAGGAGUUUUUGUUCUGCAUGGAGGAUAAUCACCCAGAGGAUGGGUGCAGCGAGGCAGAGACUGCAGACCUGACAGAGCGCUGCGAGCUGAUCAGUGACAGACUAUUGACCUUGGAAGAUGAACUGCAGAUGGCCAUACUGAACCGGGACCAGGCCCUCACCCAGUCUUUAGAAAAAGAAGUUCAGGAAGUAAAAGCAACUUUACAAACCAUGCUCACACAGCUCAAGGAGGAAGAAGAGGAGGAAGAGGAAGUGAAUGAGUUACUAGACGAUGACCUCAUGAAAAAUGGGAUUGAGGAAGAAGAAGAGGAGGAAGAAGAAGAAGACCAGUACUUCAGUGACAGCUGGGACAUUUGAAAUGGAUGGAUGCCUGUGGUGUUUUACAACCACUCGCAUACAGACUGGCUCUAUAAGAGGCUGACCUCGGCUUUGCAGUAGAAGUGACCCCAUGUCCAUUUACCAUAAAGCCUCACUCAAAGCGCUUUACGACCAGCCUCUGUGGUACUGCUGGAAGUUUCCAGCACAAAGCCUUAGAAAGUCUGUGUAACAUUUUAUCUACAAAUGGAAAAAAAAAUGAAGGAUUUUGAUAUAAACGCAAAAUAUAAGACACUUUAAUGGAAAUUUUAGAAGUUCCUCAGAUCUUGCCAGCCUAAGUUUAAACCAGGUAAAGAGUGCCUUAGGCCCCAAGCUGACAUAAUGAUUAUUUCAAGAUGUUUUUGGAUGCAGGUUUUCAUGUUAUGUCUUACUAGUGACGAGCAACUAGGUGAACAUUUUUUUCUUCAGUUUUUACUGUCAAAACAUUACAGAUUUUUGGUUAUUAUCUAGUUAAUUGAAAGUUUUCCGGUUCUUCUGAUUUGCUGUCAUUUACAAACUGGUAGAUAGAUGAUCCGCUGUAAGGCGAGACUAUAUAACUUUUGCUGAACAACAGCAACUAAUGGCCACAAGUAAAAGUUAAUGACUCAUGGUAAAUCCUAAAAAAAUAAUGCAACAGUAGGGCACAAAGAGAAAAGCCUUACAGGCUGAUAAAUGACCCAAUAAUGUCAGUCACAUAGCAAUUUUAGAAGCCAUUUUUUAAAUCUAUUAUUAGCUAACAUUAGCCACCAUAAAUUAGUGGUCAUACCAGACUAAGUAAAGCUGUAUCACCAAAACCCCUGAGUGCACUGAAUUGAGCAAAGGUGUGGUGCAUUUCAUGUGAACUUUAAUUCUAUUUUAUAAGAGUAAGAAUGUGUUGUUUCUUCUUCCAAAACGUACACCGUUUAAAAUUCAAUGGCAAGAACAAAAAAAAUACAAUUUAUUAAAGAGAAAGGCAGAAAACCAAACUGAAGCCAAAAAAUUACUAAUUGCUCACUGCAACUACCUGUUUGAAUUUUGGACCAUGUGGACAAUCUAAACAUCUUUUACUGGAAACAGUCUUGCACAUAAACUAAAAUAUAUGCUCCAUUUUUAGGUCGUAUAGCCAGUUUUGUGUGUUCUCUGUACAUUUUGACUUCAAUUACGUGCAAUUUUGUCCAUUAAAUAACUCAUUUGUGGUGCUACAGAAUGUGAGCUAACUUGAACACUUUAAAGUUUUUUGGCGUGGAAAAUGCAAUAUUUAGAUUUUUUCCCCCUCCCUGUCUUAAGGCAGUGUAUUCUUGGAGAGAUGCUCUGUACUUUAAAAAUAUAUCUGUCACAGUUGUGUAAUAAGCCUAUAAAAAAACUGAAGGAUAAAAUAUCAGUAUUUGCAACUGCUGUUUGUUUGUUUCUAAAAUAAUUUUAUCUGCCACUGAUGAUGUGUUUUUUAUUUUAUUUUAUGUCAGCUCAGAAUAUACUUGUUCAUUCCACUGGGUGUCACUUGACUUUGUCAGAAACAUUUUUGUACUUUCACCCAUUAAUCAGUUUUUUGAUUUGUGCAUCUUGAACUCGCUGUAUCGUAUAUUUAUUCCUUACAGCAUCUCACUAAUUACAGCAUGUACCAUUCAGCCUAAUGUUGUGUCCUGCUGUUUUCUUCUUGUAUUGAGUUACAACCCCUCUGGUGAUUUUCC